GAACUAAACCCUGAUACAACACAUCCAGAUUUCCGAAUUUGGCUGACCAGUUACCCAUCUGCCACAUUCCCGGUGUCUGUACUUCAGAAUGGAGUGAAGAUGACUAGUGAAGCACCAAAAGGCUUACGGGCCAAUAUAAUUCGUUCGUACCUGAUGGAUCCAAUAUCAGAUCCUGACUUUUUCAACAGCUGCAGAAAACCCGCUGAGUUCAAGACAUUGCUGUAUGGCCUCUGCUUCUUCCAUGCGCUGGUGCAAGAAAGGCGGAAUUUUGGGCCAUUGGGUUGGAACAUUCCGUACGAAUUCAAUGAGACCGACCUGCGCAUCAGUGUGCAGCAGCUGCACAUCUUCCUCGAUCAGUAUGAGGAGGUGCCGUAUGAUGCUCUUCGCUAUAUGACCGGAGAGUGUAAUUAUGGUGGCAGAGUCACUGAUGACUGGGAUCGGCGUACGCUCCGCAGUGUUCUAAACAUGUUCUUUUCCUCAGAAAUAAUUACAAAUACGGAUUAUAAAUUUGAUGCAAGUGGCAUUUAUUUUGCUCCUCCUGAAGGAGAUUACCAAAGCUAUAUUGAAUAUACAAAGACACUUCCACUGAAUCCUUCCCCAGAGAUAUUUGGAAUGAAUGCAAAUGCUGAUAUUACCAAGGAUCAGUCAGAAACGCAACUGUUAUUUGAUAACAUUCUUCUUACACAGUCUCGGGCAUUUGGAGGUGGUGCAAAAUCCACCAAUGAAGUUGUUCAAGAAGUCACAGGUGACAUCCUGAGUAAGCUUCCUCCAAAUUUUGACAUUGAAGCAGCAAUGAGAAGAUAUCCAACCACUUAUACUCAAAGCAUGAAUACUGUGCUUGUCCAGGAGAUGGGACGCUAUAACAAGUUAUUGCAGACAAUACGGGACUCCUGUGUUAACAUCCAGAAAGCAAUAAAGGGGCUAGUAGUGAUGUCUGCUGAACUUGAAGAAGUAGCAAACAGCAUUCUGAAAGGAAGAAUUCCAGGACUAUGGAUGCUUAAGUCUUACCCAAGCCUCAAGCCUCUGGGCAGCUAUGUGAUUGACUUCCUUAGCAGACUGAAGUUCUUAGAGCUGUGGUAUGAAAAUGGACCCCCACCAGUCUUCUGGAUUUCAGGAUUCUUCUUCACUCAAGCGUUCUUAACAGGUGCCCAGCAGAACUAUGCCAGAAAAUACACCAUUCCGAUAGACCUACUAGAAUUUGACUAUGAAGUGCUGGAAGAUAAGGAAUAUGAAAUUGCCCCUGAAGAUGGGGUCUACAUUCAGGGAUUGUUCUUGGAUGGAGCACGCUGGAACAGGGAAGCUAAGAAGCUAGGAGAAUCUCAUCCAAAAAUCCUCUAUGAUCCAGUACCUGUGAUAUGGCUUAAGCCGUGUAAGCGAGCAGACAUUCCACAGCGACCGAGUUACCUGGCCCCAGUGUACAAGACCAGCGACAGAAGAGGGAUCCUGUCAACUACAGGCCAUUCCACCAACUUUGUCAUCGCAAUGACUCUCCCUUCAGACAAACCGCAAGAACACUGGAUCAGGCGGGGUGUGGCAUUACUAUGUCAGCUUAACUCAUAAACCUGCCACAAUUUCUGGAGGUAGGUGCAGUUUCCAGAUCACAUAUAAGGGAUGCAUGUCAGUCCUGAAAUGCCACUCAAAGAGAGGCAUCAAAAUGCAUGU